AUUCAUUAGCCAAUAAUAGGCUGGUGUUCCCCAUACUUAAUAUCAAUCGUAUGAUUCCCAAAGUGGUGCGAACAUUUUGUUCCUAAUUUGGUUGAAGCACUGCGGCAUGGGUGUUCUGACCCUAAGCUUGUACCAAUCCAAUCUCAGAGAUUGGAAAAAAAAACUUAAGCAGAGAUGAAAACACACAACUAAACCUUUCAAAGCCCGAUAAAUAAGAUUGAUUAAACUGGGAUUGUUUUUAACCAAUUGAUAAUUAUUGAUCAUUAGUUUAUUUUCCUACCAUCACUAUAAUUGUUGCAUAAUGUUUACUUCAUCCAUUCGUACUGCUUUAAGAUCAAGAGCUAUUCAAGCUCCAAGAUUUUCAACUAUGAUCACUAAACAAGUUAUUGCUAAUCCUAUUAGAUUAAAUUUAAAACAACAAAUUAGAGGUUAUUCUGAUCAUCAUGAAGAAACCUUUGAAGAAUUCACUGCUAGAUAUGAAUCUGAAUUUGAAACUGCUUAUGAUUUAUUUGAAGUACAAAGAAUUUUAAACAAUUGUUUUUCUUAUGAUUUAGUUCCAGCUCCAAUUGUUAUUGAAAAGGCUUUACAAGCUUGUAGAAGAGUUAAUGAUUAUCCAACUGCUGUUAGAACUUUUGAAGCUUUAAAACAUAAAGUUGAAAAUAAAGAACAAUAUCAAGCUUACUUGGAUGAAUUAAAGGAUAUUAGAAAAGAAUUAGGUAUUGAUUUAAAGGAAGAAUUAUACGCUGAUGAAGCUUAAAUUUAACGAAUUUCAAAUCUAUUCAAUUUUAAUUUAAUUUAAUUUAAUUUAAUUUAUUCUAUUCAAUAUAAUAAAUUCUUUCAUGAUUCAAUCACUUUCCUUAAUCCUUUUUGCAUGUACUCAACAGUGGGACUUAAAAAUUUUCCCUAGUAGGA